UUAAAAGAUAAAACUGUUUGGCAUAAAGAAUUCAUUCUCUCUCAAACCUCCUCUAACCUUUUUUCAUCCAUCAAUCGAUUACACGGUUUAACUAUUGCUUGGAGAUGGAGAAAUUUGUUGUUGCCACAAAUGUAAAGGUUAGCAACCAUAUACCCGAUGAUCUUGCCUUCUUUAUUUUGUCUAAAUUAUCUAUAAAAUCUUUGUACCGAUUUGGAUGUGUACGCAAAGCUUGGACUCUCUUGUUUGAAAACCCUCAAUUUAUGAUAAUGUAUCGCAACUAUUUCCUUUAUAAUAACCAUUCCUAUUACGAUGGUGCUUCUAUCCUCCUGAGUCAUUGUCUAGUUCCUUCGGGUGAACCGGGUGAACAGAAUGAACUACUCUACUCUACGUUGUAUUUACUUUCUGGUGACAGGUUUGAGAAUAGGGUCAAAUUAGAUUGGCCACCUCCAUUUCACGAGGAUGACAGUUUUAUUGAUAUUUUGAGUUCUGUUUGUGUUAACGGGACUCUUUGUCUCACACAAGGGAGCAACCUGGACGCAAAAUGUGUAUUUUGGAACCCUACUACAGAUGAAUUCAAGGUCAUUCCACCUAGCCCUUUUGAGUAUAUACGUUAUCAUGACACUAUGAAGACCUUUCAUGGUUUUGGUUAUGACCAUGUUAAAGAUGACUAUAAAGUGAUUCGACGAUUAGAUUUCUUUGUUGAUUCCCAAGUUGAUCAGCCAUAUGAAGCAGAUGAGCCAUAUGAAGCAGAUGUAGGUUUCCCCUCAAUGUGGGAGAUAUAUAGUCUAAGAAGUAACUCUUGGAGGAAACUUGAUGUUGACAUGCCUUUUUGUAGUAGGUAUGAUGGAGUGUACAUGGAUGGAUUUUGUCAUUGGUCGGGUGAAGAUGAUUACCUUAGUCUUAGUAAGGUUGGGCCGUGUUUGGUAUCAUUUGACUUGUGCAAUGAAGUGUUCCUUACAACACCUCUUCCCUCAGACAUGGUUGACGAUUGUGAUAUUUUGCGCAUGGUGUUGUUAAAUGGAUCCAUUGCUUUCAUAAUAUAUGAUGAAUCGACUACUUUUCACAUAAGAAUAUUGGGUGAACUCGGUGUGAAGGAAUCCUGGGCUAAUGUCUUCAUUGUCAAGCCAUUACCUUGCGCUCAACAUCUUAUUGGAGUAGGAGAGAAAGGCGGUAUAUUCUUGAGAAAAAAUGAUGAUGAACUAGUAUGGUAUGAUAUGAGUACUCAGACGAUUGAGGAGCUUGGUGUUAAAAUAAGCCGAGGUUAUUGUAACAUUGUAGUUUAUAAGGACAGCCUUCUCCCAAUUGUAGGUUUAUGACUUCAGUCAGUAGGAAAUAAUAAUGAAAAAAUGAUUGAAGUCAUAUCCAAAUUGAUUUUAUGUUGUAUACAAAUUGGU